UGUCAUCCUGCCGGCUGUGCUGUGACUUAAAUCCUUCCAGUUUGUAUCUUUGUCUGAUUUAAGGUUUUACUACAAAUGGAGCUUUAAUUAAGAAUCUAUACAAGGCCGGUCAUGCCACAGCUGGAGUCGCAACAGCAAAUCCUCGAUCUCUGCUUUUCUUAAGUAUAGACCCUGGGACCAUCAGAAGUGCUCUGCGUCAGGAGUGCACAGUUCAACCCUUGUCUCAUGACAAGGUACGAGGUUUUCCAGGUUCCAGUUCAGUAAGGACGGUUACCAGUACUGAGUCUCAUCAUCUUUAUCAUCCCUCUUCUAGGCUCUCCAGUCACUCUCAGCAUCAAUAACUCUUGUUUUUCUUGGAUGUCAUGGCUCAGUGAUAUCAUUUAGCACACUCAAACCUCCCGGGUCAGCCGGCCACAGCCAUGCCGCGACCAAAAGGCUACUCCAUCAACUCACCCCCUUCGGACGAGAGUGAAGACAGUGAACCGCUCAUCGAGAAUGAUGAAAUUCCUCCUCAGUGCUGCUCGGCUCGACUCAAUCUGGCCAUGCUGAUGUUUCUGGGCUUCUCUGUCGUCUACGGCCUCCGUGUCAACCUCAGUGUUGCCAUGGUAGCCAUGGUGAAUAACACCGACCAAGCACCGGGCCAGAACAGCUCCAAGGUCCACGCUUGUCCGCUGCCGUCGGGAAACAGCAGUGACGAUUUCAUUCAGCCAGACUGGGUCCCGCAGUACCAGUGGGGCUCAGAGGUUCAGGGCUUGCUGCUGGGGGCGUUCUUCUUUGGCUACCUGUGCACUCAGAUCCCGGGGGGUUACCUAUCCGGUCGCUACGGAGGGAAGAUCUUCCUGGGCUUGGGUGUCCUUGGAACGGCUGCCCUCACCCUGCUCACCCCUCUGGCUGCACAGUGGGGGGUGUACUGGCUAUUUGCACUGCGAGUGUUGGAGGGCAUUGGGGAGGGUGUGACGUUCCCGGCCAUGAUGGCGAUGUGGGCUCGUUGGGCUCCUCCGACGGAGCGAUCUCGCCUGAUGACCCUGUCGGGAUCCGGGGCCAACUUCGGGGCCUUUCUGGCUCUUCCGCUCACCGGCUACAUCUGCCAAACCCUGGGCUGGCCCGCUGUCUUCUACCUCUGUGGGGGCGCUGGUUGCCUCUGGGGCGUCUUUUGGUUUAUUUUUGUGUCGGAUGACCCUCGCACCCACCGGCGAAUCAGCGAAAAGGAGAGAGAUUACAUCAUCAACUCCAUCGGACCUCAGGGUACAGGUCAUGGCUGGUCACUGCCCUUGCUCUCCAUGUUGCUGUCUGUCCCUCUGUGGGCGAUCAUGAUCACCCAAAUGUGUGCAAACUGGUCCUACUACACGCUGCUCACCUCCCUGCCCACCUACAUGAACAAUGUCCUGCACUUUGACAUCAAAUCGAAUGGCUUCCUCUCCGCUCUGCCCUACCUGGGUGCAUGGUUUUUCUCCAUAGCAUCAGGCGUCAUAGCAGACACACUCAUCGAGAAGAAUAUGUUGAGCAUCACCAGCGUACGCAAGAGCUUUACACUCAUAGGUUUGCUGCCGGCUUCAGGUUUCCUCGUGGCUGUGAGCUUCUCCGGCUGCAGCCACAUCCUGGCCGUCACCUUCCUCACGCUCUGCACAACCAUAGGAGGGAUCAGCGCCUCCGGAGUCUACUUGAACCAGAUAGACAUCGCUCCUCGAUACGCAGGAUUUCUUCUGGGAAUCACAAACACAUUCGGGACCAUUCCUGGCGUCGUUGCACCGAUCGUUACAGGACAUUUUACUGCAGAUCACACUCUGGAUGGCUGGAGAAAGGUGUUCUGGGUAGCUGCUGUGAUCAACGCCAUCGGUGCGCUCUUCUUCACCAUAUUUGGCAGCGGAAAGAUCCAACCGUGGGCCAUCACUGAGGAGGACAGAGUAGAGGCAGAGAAACAGAGGAGCAGGUCCAUCUCAACAUAAACUAUGAACACAUGCAACAGCUUUAAAAUACAGACGCACAGCUGCAUAUAUUUAACCCCACAGUUAAACUGAAAACAGACAAAGAUAUUUAGAAGUCUGCUUUCGUAAACUGAUGUAUGAAUUAUAGGAAAAUAUGCAGUAUUCACACUUAAACAUGAAGAGUGUGAGUGGUUAGUCUCCACACAAACAUACUGUUCAUCAAAAGAGAAAAACAUAUCAUCAUAUCAGUGGACCAGGAUAGUUUUAAAUAAGUGAAUUUCUACUUUUUUUUAUCAAUAACUUUUAUAUUUUGCUUCUGGUUUUUUAAAAGUUUUAAUGCCUCAUUUUUACAGUAAUUGCAGCAAAAAAAAAGAACUUUUCUACAUCAAAAUCACAUUUUUACGUUUAAUGUUAACGUAGGUUUUGGUGAGGUUAACGUGGUUUCUGACAUAUGAAGUGGACAGAUUUACUUUUAACAAUGGUAAGAAAUGUCAUAGCUGCUGCAUGGACACUCACUGCCUCUAUCAAUCAGGAAACUGUGAUUACUUUUUACUAUUGUCACAUAGGUACAGUCAAAGGUACAACUCUUUUCAUACGUAAUAUACGGGCUAUACAGUGUCUCAGGUUAGAUCAAAUCAGUUUGUGUUAAUCUUUUUCGUGUAUUUUAGAGCCUUUUUUUUUAACUGUGAAUGAAAUGGGACCGACUAGUUUAUAAGCUAAACACUUUACAGAAGAGGAUUUCAGAGUGCUACUAACCACAUGCAUUUUAGAUGAUUUGUUUAUAGCUGUAUAUGUUUUCAUAACAUUUGUACAGAACAAAACAAAGCACUUUUUUACAUACUAGAAAUAUACCAAAAGGCCUUAUAUUUGAUAAGAGUGCCAACAAUUUGUGCAACAUACUUUUCUUUUUUUUUUUUUAGUGAAUGGUUUUAUCCAGUUAUCCGUUACAAAGCUCAUUUCAGGUGUUUUAUAUCUAUAAAACCAAAGCAGCUUCAGAUGCCUGGAUUUCAACAUUUAUAGUAGACUUUUAUGUUUGUUUUAGUUUCUAAGAAAUUUGUGAAUUUGCACUGUUUUCGGUUGUUCAUUUCACAACAAGUUAUCAUUUUCUAUGCAAUACGGGGACUAUGAAACUAACUAACUGUAAACAUACAGUACGUCAAAGUGCACAGUGAUGUUGAUAAAGUGCAGUAUUAUGUCUUUAAACGGAUGCAAUAACUUAUUUUUAUUUCUCCGUGCAUUUGGAAAAUGGGUUAUGUUUGUGUGUUGCUUUAUCUCAUAUUGUGAGAAAAAUAGUUGUUUUACUGAACAAAAAAUGAAAUUAUUGGUAUAUAAGUGGACGCACAUUUUUACAAUUUUAGUCAGUAUAUUUGUGUGUGUGUUUGUAUACUGUAGACUUCUUUACUGUUGUAUUGAGGUAAAGUCUCUGUCUCUGCAUGAUGACCCAGGGUUGCAGACUUCUGUGUCAUAUCAUGAGUAAAAAUGAUAAUCAGGAUGCUGAGACACAAAGGAACUACAUUUAUAUUUAGUUGAGUUUGUUUUUUACCCCUUCACAACAUUAUUGACUGUCUGCAGAGGUCGUAAAUCUCUCUGGGUAAACACACAGAUUUGUUUUUCUGGUCUUGCUCAACUCUCUUCUGGCUGUUGGGAUAUUCUCAGAAGCCACCACCACAAAUGAGUUUUCCCAGCUUUAUUUAAACACAAUCCGCAAUAAAUGCC